AUGUUGCGACGCGCCGCGGACGAUCGCGUGAACAACCCCGCCAGCGGCAUUCCCCGCCGCCCCAACAACGACCGCGGUCCCCCACGCGACCACCUUCCCGCCGCCGCCGACUACCGUGGUGGUCUUCCCCCCGCCGUCCCUGGUCGCAACAACGGCCCCAACAACCCUGCUGCCCGCGACCACGGAGCUCGCCACCACGACAUUGUCGAUCUCGCCGAGGACGAAGACCUCGCUCCCCCCGCUCUCUUUGUUCCUCGCCAACAGGUCGACAACGAUGGCGACGACGACGUUCUCCACCCCCCGGGCGUCCUUCGGCGCCGUAGGAUCGAGGACGAGAGGCGUGCUGCCCACGAUCGCUGGCAGGCCCAGCGGGAGGCGGCUCAGGCGGAGGAAGCCGAGCGUCGUCGUGCCCUUGAGCACAGCAACCGCCUUGAUGACCUCACCCAUGCCAGGGAAGUGCACCUCCGCGCAACGGAGGACUUUGUGCGCCAUCAGGAGGAUUCACUUCUGGCGCAGCACGCAGGGGAGCGCCGAGCGGAGGCCGGCCAGCGGCGUGCGGAGGAAAACGAGCGCCGUGCCCGUGCCGACCUCCGUCGUGCGGAAGAGGCCGUCGCGCGUGCCAACCGCGCCCACCGUAUCUGA